GUAAUUGUAACCAUCCUAAAGCUCCUUUUUCAUUAGCCCAGAGAUAAACCCGAUUAUUGCUGACUUAAGCAUCGGAGUGUCUAUCCCGAGGAUCCACCUUGGGGCUUUGCAAGUUCAUCUGAAGUGAAGACGCAGAUUGAAGAAGGAUCUCUGGUUUGGUGUAACUACAUUUGACACCGUCUGUGGGAAUCCGAACUGAAAGCUUUCUUGUUGCUCUUUCAUCAUGGUUAACACUCGAUCAGUCCGAGCUGGAAAUCCAUCUCUGCCUCUUGGACAAGGUCAACUCCCCAACAACCUCCCACCUCAUCUUCCACCUCCGAUCCCAAAUAUGUUCCCUCAUGUUGAUCAUGUAGAAAGAGGAGAUGAAAACCAACCUCAUAACUCAGCUCACAACUCAACUUCCACCGCCAACCAAGACGUAGUUGCAGCUCAGCUUGUUGCCAUGCAACAACAGUUUGGUGUUUUUCAGCUAGUACUGGCUCAGCUUUUAGCUCGAAACAACCCUGCUCCAGCUCAACAACCCCUCCCUGAUGAGGUCACUCGACGUCUAGACAGUUUAGAAAAGUUGGUAGCUGAACAGCGAGGUGCCCCACCUCCACACCAUACUGCUGACUCUAUACCUCACCCUCUGAACACCAACAUCACACUAGAACCUUAUCCCGCUAGCUUCAAAAUACCUCAACUUGAGACUUAUGAUAGGACGAAGGAUCCCGAUGAUCACCUGCAUGCUUUCUACUCUUACAUGCAAGCUCAAAAUGCCUCUGACGCGUUGAUGUGCAAAAUCUUUCCCUCUACUCUCCGAGGUAAUGCUCGAACUUGGUAUUACAGUCUACCUCUGAGGUUAAUCAGCUCUUAUACAGAAAUGGUAUUUGCUUUUGCCACUAAAUUUUCCAAUAGAAGGUUGAUCAGGAAAACUACUGAGUUGAUGCGAGUUAAACAGAGGGACGGAGAAUCUCUGAAGAAUUACAUGAGCAGGUUUAAUGAUAAAGUACUGGAGGUUAGUUCCUUCGACCAAGCUAUGGGGAUUGCAGUUGUGAUCUCAGGUCUUAACCAUGAUAGAACCCAACUCCCUCCAAGAACCAAAACCCAAACUAGAGAGAUGAGAAUUCGAGCAGGAAAAAGAGAAGGAUGGCACAGAACCGAGAUUAAGAACAAGAUGGAUUUAAGGCGUCCUGGCCCAAUGAGAACUGCUGCCGCUAGCCAAGAUCAUACUGGAUAUUGUGAUUUUCAUCAAAAUCAUGGUCAUACAACAGAGCAAUGCAACAGCUUAAGGUUUGAACUGGAAAGUCUAGCUCAGAAGGGAAUGUUGAAUGAGUACAUUCAGAGAGCUGAACACCCGAGAUUUGUCAGAGAACAGAGGCCACAGCCUCAAGGAGUCCGCAAUCCACCAAACAGGCAAGGCAUAAUCGACCGAAAGAUGAAACCAGAGCUGCUCCAGUUGAAGAUGUCGAAGAAGUGUUCAUUAAUGAUAGAGAUCCGAGCCGAAAGAUGCAAAUUGGAACUAGAUUGCAUGCACCCAGAGGAAAAAGCAGAGCUAAUAGCUUUUCUCCGCGCUAACAACGAUGUCUUCGCGUGGACUUCGGUAGACAUGCCAGGAAUUCCACCUUCGGUAUCCCAACAUAAGCUCAGCAGCAAUCCAUUGAAGAAACCAGUGGCCCAGAAGCGACGUCUCUUUGGGGAGGAGAGGCUUCAGGUUAUAAAAGAAGAGGUAGAGAAGCUUCUACAAGCUGGUUUUGUCAAAAAAGUUGAUUAUUGCGAAUGGGUGGCUAACCCAAUGCUGGUAAAAAAGGCAAAUGGUAAAUGGCGAAUGUGCAUCGAUUACACAAAUUUUAACCAAGCCUGCCCCAAGGAUUGCUAUCUGAUGCCGAGCAUUGACAAACUGGUUGAAGUGGCUUCAGGAAACGAGAGAUUAAGUCUCUUGGAUGCAUAUUCUGGGUAUCACCAGGUGCCGAUGGCACCAGAAGAUGAAGAGAAAACCUUGUUCUAUGCUGGUGACGAAAUUUAUUGCUAUGUCAUGAUGCCGUUUGGCUUAAAAAACGCAGGUGCUACUUACCAGAAAAUGGUGACCAUUGUCUUCCAAACUCAGAUCGGUAGGAAUCUAGAGGUUUAUGUCGAUGAAAUUGUGGUAAAGAGCCUGAAAGCAGAAGACCAUCUAGCUGACCUCAAUGAAACUUUCAACAAUCUCAAGAAGAACAGAAUGCGGUUAAACCCAACCAAAUGCAUCUUCGGCGUGGAGUUUGGAAAAUUUCUAGGUUUCAUGGUUUUCCAAAGAGGAAUUUAGGUCAAUCCAGAGAAGAUCAGAGCAAUUGCCAAGAUGGAACUGCCGAAAUCAGUGAAAGAUAUAUAGAGGUUGAUUGGAAGGGUGGCAGCUCUUCAUCGGUUCAUAUCGAAGUCAGUAGAUAAAUGCCUGCCAUUUUU